UUCUUUCUUUCUUAUCGGGCUAACCCUUUUAUUUUGGCUCUUCUUCUAUACAAUAGGAUUCAGUCAUAUUUUUUAUAAUAUUAAAAUACACUUGUAUCUAUGUCCAUAUAUUUGAUUCGUUUCGUUUUGUUUAUUACAUAAUAAUUAAUUCUGAGACAAUUCAUUACUGUUGAUUUUAUAAAAUAUUUUUUUUUUCUUUUUUUGUUAAUAAUAAUCUUCUUGUCUUUUUAUUAGUAUUAUUAUUUCGAUAGUAUGGUUCAAGAAAAAGAUACGGCAAUAUCAGGACAGUCAUCAUCUUCUUUGGAAGAGACAAUACCAUUUGUUUCUAUAGAUCAUAUUCAGCCAAGUACACGACAAAGAUCUUUUUCUUUAUCGAAUCUAGUUAAGAGAACUCGUAGAGCCUAUUCUGUAUCUUCUGCUUAUCAUCCUACCCCAAGACCUUCCUUUGACUUCUUUUCUAAUAUGAUCAUUACAGAAACAAAGUUAACACCAGCCCAAAGAAGAAAUUCAAUAGCUGCAGCACAACGUAAAUAUGAGGAUUUCGAACAAAAAAUCGAAGCAGCACCUUUGUUUGUAUUGGUAUCCACCUAUUUAAACUAUUUAGUUUUGAUCCUCUUUGGACAUUUGCGUGAUAUUAUCGGAAAGGUAUUCAAGAGGAAGGAAUAUGCACAUCUUCGUACAAGUAAGGGAUAUGCGCCUUUGGUUUCUGAUUUUGAUUCAUUUUAUACAAGGCGCAUGUAUUUACGUAUAAGAGAUUGCUGGAAUAGACCAACUACUGGUGUGCCUGGUAGAAAGAUUACUAUUUUAGAAAGAGAAUCAAAUGAUUUUAACAAAACAUUCAAAAUGAGUGGAAAAAAGUUAGAUGCAAUCAACUUUUCAUCAUAUAAUUACUUGGGAUUUGCGCAAAAUAAAGGAAUUUGUGCCGAUCAAGUAGAAGAAUGUGUAAAAGAAUAUGGAAUGAGCAGUGUUAGUCCAAGAUUAGAAGCUGGCACUUUGGACUUGCACAGAAAAUUAGAAAAAAUAGUUGCUAAUUUUGUUGGAAAAGAGGAUUCAAUUGUUGUUUCAAUGGGUUUUGCAACGAAUUCAACAACUAUCCCAGCUCUUGUUUCCAAAGGCUGCUUGGUUAUUAGUGACGAACUUAAUCAUAGCUCAAUUGUAUUUGGCGUACGUAUUUCUGGUGCAUCUGUUCGUGUAUUUAAACAUAAUAAUAUGAUUGAUUUAAGAAAUUUAUUACGUGAAGUAAUAUCUCAAGGUCAACCUAGAACACAUCGACCCUGGAAGAAGAUUAUAGUGAUAGUAGAAGGUUUAUAUUCAAUGGAAGGCUCCAUUGUCAAUUUACCAGAAUUAAUAAAAUUAAAAAAAGAAUUCAAGUUUUAUCUAUAUGUUGAUGAAGCGCAUUCUAUUGGUGCUCUAGGUGAAAAUGGCGGUGGUGUAUGUGACUUUUAUGGUAUUAACCCAAAGCAUAUUGAUCUUAUGAUGGGUACAUUUACAAAAUCAUUUGGCUCUGCAGGUGGAUAUAUAGCGGGUGAUAAGACUUUAAUCGAUUAUUUAAGAGUCAAAAAUUAUGCUUUCUCUUACGCAGAGAGUAUGUCACCCCCUGUUAUUCAACAAAUUAUUUCCAGUAUGCAAGUGAUUAGAGGAGAAGAUGGUACAGAUGAUGGCAGGAAACGUAUUCAAACUUUAGCAGAAAAUGCGCGUUAUUUUUCAAAUGCGUUAAGAAAAAUGGGAUUUAUUGUAUAUGGCGAUGAAGGAAGUCCAGUUAUACCUUUAUUAUUAUUUAAUCCUGCAAAGAUUUCUGCAUUUUCUAGAGAAAUGUUGAAACGUGGUAUAGCCAUUGUAGUGGUGGGCUAUCCUGCAACGCCUAUUAUUAGUUCGAGGGCUCGUUUUUGUAUAUCCUCUGCUCAUACGAAAGAAGACUUGGAUAAAGCAAUUCAAGAUAUUAGUGAAGUUGGCGACAUUCUUAUGCUAAAAGCUAUUCGUUUGCCCGAUAUUGGCUCUAAUGUUGUAUGGUGGAGAGAGAGAGAGGGGAGAGGAAGGGUUAAUAUGUGUCCUAGAAAGUAA